CAUAAACAAAACAUCAUAACAAACAACUUAGCAGUGCCGAUCGCGAGAACCGUGCUCAGGAACACUUAAAUUAUUUUACCAAAUUUAUAUACUAGAUUUGCGCAUUUUAAGACAAUGACCAGCUUAGAGGAAGUCACCUGGGCCGAUCUGGCCAACAUUCCGGCCGAUCCCCCGACAAUGCGCGAGCUGUGCAAAAAGUGCGAACGUCCCGUUCAGGUGUGCUGGUGUUCGGCGUUGCCUCCAAAGCCGCUUGAGCCGCGGGGGCGAAUCAUCAUCCUGCAGCAUCCGGCCGAAGAGAAGCGAUCCCUGCGGACGGCACCGAUGCUUUCCGUCGGGCUGGCCCCAGGGAAGUGUCUCAUUUAUAAAGGCAAACGUUUCCCCAAACUCGACUCCGACCUCGAGUCCAUCCUCGCCGACGAAAAGUCACUCCUGCUCUACCCCAGCGCCAGCUCCGUCCCACUCGAACAGGUCGCCGCUUCGGACAGCGGUCCGUUCAACCUGAUCCUCAUCGACGGUACCUGGCCCCAGGCCAAGGCCAUCUACCACUGCUCGACGGCGCUGCACACGAUGCGCCAGGUCAAGCUGGUCAGCACCGGCAACAGCAACUACGUCAUCCGAACCCAACCUAGCGAUGGUUGUUUGAGCACGCUGGAAACGGCCAUCGAGGCGUUGAGCGUGCUGGAGCGGGACAAUUCGUACCGGGAGCAGCUGCUGCGGCCACUGCACGCGUUGUGUCAGUUCCAGCUGGACAACGGGGCCGUCACGCACCAGUCGAAGGAGUUUCUGAUCAAACAUAACCAGUAUCCGAAGCUGAUUGGGAAGAGGUUGAAUAAAUUGUUGCGAAACGCCGACAAUUUGAAGGAGGAGAAGGAAGUGAAACACUGACACGGGGGUUUUGGAGAUUUUAUUCGUUUUUAUUACCUCUUUAUAUAUGAGUAAUUCAUAUAACAUAAAAUAUAGAGAGAAUAAUGGUUUUUUGUUUGUUUUAUAUAUGAUAUAUACAUUUACACUACGCAUUUCAGUGUUUUGCUGUAAAUAAACUCACUAUCGAAAAUUAAAUAUGCGGCGGUUGUUGUUUUCUUUCACUUUGUUAAUCCAAUUCAGCAGUAGAAACUCUUAUCGGCGUCCUUCGUUUGACAGUUUACGUUACCUCAAUAUUGAUUCACAUUGACCUGUUUCGAUUCAAGGUACAUCAACAAUGAGGUAACGCAAAUUUUCAAGCUGUCAU